UGACAUCCAGCCAACUUGACACAAAUGUUGGAAGCAUUGGAAUCAAUAUGGGCCAGGAUGCCUGUGGGAUGUUUUCAAUUGAGGCUGUUCUGAGGGCCCAAGGGGAUGCAACUCAAUAUUAGGAAGGUGUUCCUAAUGUUUUGUACACUCAGUGUUUGUGUAGGGUUGGAUGGUGCAAUUGGUGUGCCCCCCGAAUUUGUGACAAAAUGUGCAAUUCACACUCCGAUCUGUAAAAGGCAGCAGCAAUAGGUUACGCCACGCAGCUUCUAGCCUACCGGAAACGCAUACGAAGAAGAAAGGGAAGUGAACAGUGACCAACAAUUUCCACGUUAGCUUUUUUGUUGUUAUUUAGACGUUUAUUAACAACCUGUAACUCAUAAUAUGACUCAUUUAACUGCACAGCAUCGAAUACUUAUCCCAUGUGGUGUUUAAUUCGCUCUAGAGACAGAACGUGGUUGAUAGAUGUUAUCUAGGUAACGCUAGCUAAGUUGCUAACAAUGGCUAACUGUAUGGUUUUUCACACUCAAAUAGCCUCCAUCAUGGAGGUGCUAGCGAAUGCAGCCGUGGCAGAGAUCUGUAAACUCGUAGACGACGACUAUGCAGUGUUUCGUUUGGAAAUAACUCAAAGCCGGAAAGAAAACAGGGCUUUGCGGAGGAAACUACUAGAACUGAAGGUGGCACGGGAGCGCGCAGAGAGGACAAUGCGAGAGCGCGUCGUCGCCAGUCGUCCCAGUAGUGUCAAGAUCCUCGACAGAUACAGAGGAAUGGCAAGAGGUGAAGGACAUCCCACUGGAGGCCAAAGGAGCUUUGUGAAGCCAGCGGGACACAAUACAUGGAGAGAUGACCAACCAAUCACUGUUGAUGAGGGGAGUGGAACCUCAAACCAGCACGUUAUUGUGAUAGAGUCUGCAGAUGCAGAGGCUACAGGUCCUGGGGUCAAGCAGGAGAGGUCUGAAGGAGAGGAGGAUCCAUGGCACAGCAGAGAUAUCCAGACUGGAGUAGCUGGAGCACCCCCUGUAGCCACAGAGGACCCCACCACCGCCCCAGCACCGCCCAGGACCCGACGCAGCAUCACGGAGGAGGAGGGUCCAGAGGUGCUGCUGGUUAAGGAGGAGGGGUGUGAGGAGGGUCUGGAAAACCCUGAGGUGACCAUUGUCAUGGAAGACAGCCAGACUACACCUCCUCCUGAACCCCCAGCUGAGCAGCACAGGACAACACACAGUCUCACAGAGUCAGUAGUCAUAGAGGAUGGGAAGCCUGAUCUGCUGCUGGUCAAAGAGGAGACGAUAGAGGAUGGACCAGAGAGCAUGGAUCUGCUGAGUGGACUAAAGAUGGGGGAGCAAGGUGAUUGGCUGGAUGAUAACAGAGGAGACUGGGCGGCCAUCUUGGAUUUCCAGACCCCGACCGGUGCAGCUAAGGUUCCAGGGAACAACAUCACUGAGCAGGCCAGGACCAGUGACGACAUAGUUGAGUCUGCAGUCAAUGAGGACCAGUUGAUAUCUGGUGUUGCUUUUGGGAGAGACUGGACUUCUGAGGUGCCUGGUCACAAACCCUGGCCCCGGAUCAGAACCCUGGGUCCGGAGCCGACACUCUUUCUUCCCGGGUUGAAACCAGGACAGAACCACAAGGGACAGAGACACCACCACACAGAACACAACCAGUGGACAGGUGGACUGAAUAACCUCAGUCCUGGUGGUCAUCAGAGAGACAGAGGCUCCAGUCAGGGAUCCAGUCUGCAGCCCAGACCCUUCUCUUCACAAUCUCAGUGCAGGGAUGAUACAGGGCCUGGGGCUGAUGGAGAUAGACCCUCCUGUUCCUAUGAUACAAACACCACAGUAUCCAUGUUGAACAGAGCAAGUCACCCUGGGCUUCAGCCUUCACAGAGAGUGGUGGGAGAAACCCCGGGUGAUAGUCUAUCAGCAGGUCUGUCUUCUCCUUCAGGGUUUCAUCUAAUGCCUGGUGACUUGGUUCAUAGAAGGUCUGGACCUGGAUCUAGGCUUCCUCAGUUACUUCAUGGUUACCCCACCAAUACAGACAGGGUCAGAAUGGGUGUUCAUCACAAGAGGUAUCUAGCUUAUAACACAGCACACAAUCCCAACAACUCCCAACCAAUGGCUAGAGGUCAAGGAGGGAGCUCAAACACUAACCACCUGAGGGCAGUGGCUCCUGCUUCUACCUCUGGUGUCAUUGGGUCACAACGUGGGAGGCAGAGUAUUAGGACGGAUGCAGACAAGCCAUACGCCUGCCCCAUGUGUGGGAAGCGCUUCGCUGAUGCAAAUUAUGUGAAGAGGCACCAGACCGUUCACACCAAGGAGAAGCCCUUCAAGUGCAAACUAUGUUACAAGAGCUUCUCCUUCUUGACUAGCCUUAUCAGACAUAAGAGUGUCCACAAAGGGGAAAAUCAUAGCAGUGUGGCUUGAGAAGUACGCAGGGGAUGUCUGGGAACUAUUCUUUAGCUGAAAUAUAAUUCUCAUGUGAAGUGUCUUGGGGUAAGAGGAUAAUUAAUCACAUACCCCUCAUUAACUUGUAAUUUAAAAACAGGCUUGUGUAAAUACUGGUUUUUAGAGAGACAAUAAACCUAGGCUAGAACAAA